GUCACACGACGACUGUAAUAUGCGUGUGUGUGAAUGACGUCGCGCGACGUGUAACUUGUUGGGGUUGGUUACGAGGGGUGACUACCGGCCGUGUCCGUGAGCGCCGAACCUCCCCCGCCGCUGCCGCCGCUGCCGGCGGAUUGAGACUCCGUGAGCGAGGAGGAGGGUUGGCGGUGGUGGCGGCGGCGGCGAUAGCAAGAGGCCAUGGCUGGGGCCCGGGACGAGUCCGUGCUGUGCCUCUUCGACGUGGACGGCACCCUGACGCCGGCGCGCCAGAAAAUUUCUCCGGACAUGCAGGAUUUGCUGCAGAGGCUGAGGAGACAAGUUCGAAUCGGGGUUGUGGGUGGCUCCGACUUUUGCAAGAUCAUCGAGCAGCUGGGAGGUAGUGAGGAUUAUGUGGUGAACCAGUUUGACUACGUGUUUGCGGAGAAUGGUCUGGUGGCAUACAAGGAUGGUCGCCUCUUUGCCCAACAGAGCAUCCAGAAUCACCUGGGUGAGGAGAUCCUCCAGGAAUUCAUCAACUACUGCCUCGCCUACAUGAGCCAUAUCCGCCUGCCUCGCAAGAGGGGAACGUUCAUCGAGUUCCGGAAUGGGAUGCUCAACGUGUGUCCUGUGGGGAGAAGCUGCACCCAGGAGGAGCGACUCGAAUUCUACGAGCUUGACAAGAAAGAAAAUAUUCGACAAAAGUUCGUUGAAGACUUGCGGGAAAAGUUUGCCGGGAAGGGUCUGGUGUUCUCGAUAGGAGGACAGAUCAGCUUUGACGUGUUCCCUGAGGGAUGGGACAAGCGCUUCUGCCUCGGCCUCCUGGCUCCAGACCGCCUCCGCACCGUGCACUUCUUCGGAGACAAAACCUUGGCGGGUGGAAACGACCACGAGAUCUUUCACGAUGAGCGGACGAUCGGACACACGGUGACGUCUCCAGACGACACACGCAGGCAGCUGGAGGAGCUCUUUUCUCUCAGCUGAAUAUGGCCUAACCCCGGAGAUGAACCAGGGAUAACCCAGGUACUAGCCCAGGGAUAAGCCAGAGAGAACCGAAGGACAACGUAGGGAUAACCCAAGAGUAACCCAGGGAAUAUCCAGGGACAAUUGGAAUGAACCCAAGGACGAUUGGGGAACACUUUGGGACAGCCAAGAUAUGAAGAGUGUGAAAUAUAAUUAUAUAAUUCCAUUACAUUUGUAGUUGGUAUUUACAUUACACAGACAGUUGAUUGAUCAUUUGCAUCUCAUGACAUUUCCCCAGGCAGUUAUUAGUAUUUUGAAUAAAUGUCUGUCCAUCUCUGUGGGGACCAGCGGUCACUCGGUCGAUGAUCUGGGGCUGGUGGGGAUGAUUGGGGUGAAGCUGGUGAUUAUUGGUUGCAUAUAGAAAAUAAGUGAACAUCGCCCCCCCCCACCAAGUUUCAAUAUAAAAGUUAUGGAAACGGCCGCUGCAGGGGCUUCAUACACCUGGCCACUCCUGGUGGUGAUGCCGGUCACGCUUAUAGCGGUUCUAGUAGUGGUGGUGGUGAGAGAUGUAACAAUGUAGUGACGUUGGUGGUGGUAAAAUUAUUUACGUAUAGGUGAUCAAGGGGAAGACCUAAGAGCAGAUGGUGUGAGUCUAAACUAAACGACUGAACUUAUUGUUUAUUUUACCAGGUAAGGGCCCACUGAGCUAUGUAGCUCUCUUUCAGAAGCGACCUGGCUAUCACAAAUGAUAGCUCAAAAGAAAGUGGCCUAUCAUGUGGACAUUUAUAGCAGCCAAAUACUCUUUAAACGUACGUUUAUAAAUGCGGAGGAUAAAAAUCGGAGGACCCGGAGAAAAAUCCACGCGACCACGGGAAGAACAUGGGCGUCUGGGUCGGGAUCGAGAUCACGAGCUUCAGUAUGCCAGGCGAAGUAGUUAACAUCUCACCACCGUGCCACCCAUCUGCUGAGACUACUGCUGUCAGAGCAGAUCUUGGAGGUUUGCCGCGUGCCUCCUGUGCAGCAGCUGUUGGGAUCUGGCGGAGGGUAGGAUGUGUUGGGGAGGAGCUGAUGGUGGUGGUAGCUUCAACGGCUUUGGCCUCGAUGACGUCUUGAUCUUUUUAAAGAACUAAUGAAGUAUUCAGGCUAUACCUGAAGAGUGGCAGUGCAUGAAAUUCAAGUGGCGACGGGUUCCAGAUCAGGGGAGCAGCAGCCAAGAAGGAGCGACUGCCCCCUCCCGUCAUAGUUUGCAGAUUUCCCCGUGGACUCACCAGGGGAUCGCUAUUUGCGGAGUGGAGGGCACGUGCAGGGCUUGGGAGAGUGAUGUGGGGGGUUGAGGUACCCCGGUGCUCAGGGACCAACCCAUGAAGAAUCUUGAAGACCAUCACUCACAGCAAUCUUGCACUCAAUCCAAAUAUUUUUUGUUUACAUUGUGGUUGUCGAGCACAGGACCGAAGGCCUGAAACGCCGAAUGGCCAGCAACAAAACAGCGCUGUUGAAAUGUGUAAUGGCUAUAAGAGUUGACACGUGUCCUGAAUUGAGUAAAGGUUAAUAUGAGAACAUUUGGUGGGGAAAGAGAUGAUGGGAG